ACCGCGGAGAGGAUGCGGACUUCCCUGGUCGUGUGCUGCUGCGUCUUUGCGCUGCAAUGCCUCCCGAGCGCGCUCUGCCUCCCGGUGCGAGGGUCCGGCCGCUACAAGGUGGCUCCGGUCUCUGAGAAGUUCCCCGACCUGAAGAAGAGAGGGAAGGCUCCUCACGCUCAGGACUUAGUGAAGGAGACGAGUCUGUCAAACAACACAUGGAACCGACCACGCUGUGGCGUACCCGACUACCCCGCCCAGAAGGGGGUGCACCACCGUGGACGACCCCGCCAGAGACGCUUUGUCCUCUACGGAGGACGUUUGGACAGAACGGACCUCACCUACAGGAUCGUGAGGUUCCCGUGGCAGAUGGGCGAGGAGAAGAUUCGACGUGUCUUCAGGGAAGCGCUGCAGAUCUGGAGCGACGUCACCCCGCUCACCUUCACCGAGGUCCACAGCGGGAAGGCCGACAUCCGCAUCGACUUCACCAGAUACUGGCACGGAGACAACCUCCCGUUCGACGGCCCGGGUGGGAUCCUCGCUCACGCUUUCUUCCCCAGGACCCACCGACAGGGGGACGUCCACUUCGACUACGAUGAGUCCUGGACGCUCGGAAACCACAUGGGCACAGACCUUCUCCAGGUCGCCGCCCAUGAGUUCGGGCACGUCCUGGGCCUGCAGCACUCGCGCGAGCCAGGAGCCAUCAUGUCCGCAUACUACACCUUCUCCUACCCGCUGAGGCUGAGCGAGGACGACAAGCAUGGCAUCCAGUAUCUGUACGGAGCUCGUCCACAAGCCCCGCCCACGCCGCCACCGCUGCCUCCGCCCACCCCUCCGCCCUCCAACCCGGAGACCAAUGAGAUCCUCACCAACCCCGACGCCUGCCAGACGGACUUUGAUGCCGUGUCUAUGAUCCGAGGGGAGCUGUUCUUCUUCAAGUCGGGCUACGUGUGGCGGAUCCGGGACGGGCACCUGGAGAGCGGCUACCCGGCGCUGGCGUCCCGGCACUGGAGGGGGAUUCCCGACAACAUCGACGCCGCCUUUGAAGACAAGUCGGGGAACAUUUGGUUCUUUCAAGGUGAGAACUACUGGGUGUUCGAUGCCGAGAUGCGGAUCCGAGGGCCGGAGUCCAUCCGCAGCCUGGGCCUGUCGGUGUCCGGGGUCCAGGCGGCGCUGCGCUGGGGCCACGACUCCAACUUCAACACCUACUUCUUCAAGUCCGGCAGCUACUGGAGGUUCAGCCCCCGAGAGAGCCGCCUGGAGUCGGUGUACCCGCGCAGCAUGCAGGACUGGAGCGGCGUCCCCGAGGACGUGGACGCAGCUUUCAGGGACGUCUACGGCUACGCUCACUUCAUCCGGGGACGACAGUACUGGAAGUUUGACCCCGUGGGUAUGAACUCUCUGGAGGGAUACCCCCGCUACAUCGGCAUGGACUUUUUCGGCUGCAGGAACGCGUGAGUCUUCAGCAUCGGAAGAACCACGCCACUUUUUUUUGUUUUUGUUUUGUUUCUUUUUGACAAUGAAGAGGAGUUUUUUUUUGUGUGUUCGGAUUCAAAGGGGGCGAGACGACCUCCUUUGAAUCUGUUUGUUCUUUACUCCAUAUUCAUUGGUUCUCAGAUCGACUUCAGCUUCUUCUCAGGAAAACCAAGAGAGGUUUCCUCAGACCUGGCGCCUCCUGUGCAGCUAUACUCAUAUUUAUUUUGCACAAUUUGUCCCCAGAAGCCUGAGAUCUGGGGCCUUGUAUGAACCACACGUGAACUGUUCUCACCUCCUGUCUUUGAGCCUGAUGAUGACACCAGACUCAGGAUGAGACUGAGAUUCUCUUGUGUUUGAAGAGUGGCAUUGAACAGGUAGACGUGAAUAUAAACCCAGAUAUCAAAGAUCCUGCGAUUUUAAAGACGUGACCACACGUGCAGGAGAUUUUCUUUCCCUCGCUCACAUGAACUAUACAUAUACUAAUUUGAACCAGAAAAGUAAUAUCAACAUUUGUUGCUUGGGGAUACUCACAGAGGUCGUUAAAACUUUACAGGGGAAGAAGAGGGAACAUCAGGUUAAUACGUGGAAACUGGGAUGGAAACAUGAUAUUUCUGUUUUAAAGUUUCAUUUCAGGUUUAUAGGUUUUAAAUGUGUCACCCGUCAGAGCUCAGACAUCUGAGUCAGCUGCUCUGGACUUUUUUAGAAACUUUUCCAAGGAAAUUCGAGAUCUUUCAGGCGAUAAAGAUAAAAAGUAAAAACCCUUUCUGCUGCUGAGAGAUCAUUGUCUGAUCCGGAUCAUCUCCUGCUGCUUCUUCACAUGUGAAAGACAAACUCCCGACAUUCAGAGUUCAUGUCUGAAAACAGCUUCAGUCCGUUUUCAUUUGCACUUUAAUGCAUUUAACAGAACAGAUGGAAGAAGCUCUUUCACACUGAAGUGAGAGAGAGUCUGGACCUGGUCCUGGUCUCUGAUGAAGACCUGAAAAAUAUUUAUUCUCCUCGUCGGGAUCAGAUUCUUCUUUCUGUUGCUGUGACUCGACUUUCCUACAUUAAAUAUAAUGUUUCCUUCGUUUCCUCCCCAAAUAAAAUAUACAUUUUCCAAUUCAGUUUCCACAUGGGAAAAAAAUGAUAAUAUUAGCGCGCCUCACGUCUUGGUGUCACUCUUCCAACACAGCGAGUCAUCUCCACUCAUCAGUCUGCAGGCCUCUGCUGCAGGAAAAGCUCCAGGGCGCCACCUAGGGUGCAACUCUGUCUCCCUGCAGGCGGAGACAGUGUCCCUCAUGUUUCUUGAAUCUGUCUCAUCCUGGAUGAAGUCAUUUCUUCUCCGUCACAUGGUGCUGUGUUCAGGUCGGGGGGGGAGUGGAACCCAUUCAGGGACGAUCAGUGGUUCUCAGCCGGCUCGGUCACUCAGCAGCAGACUUCAGCUUCCACCCGGAUCCCAAAAACACAAAGAGACAAAUAGUUUAAAGCUGGAACUAACUCUUUUGAACUAACUGCCAUCUCUCCUUGUCUUGUCAUUCAUUUUCCAAACACGCUCAGUUCAUUGUCAUGUUUGACAGUGAAAAAUCAAAUCUUCACAUAUGAGAAGCUAGAUUAAAAUUAAUAUUUUAUAUUUUGCCCCAGAAAAUCAGUUAAAUGUCCAAAAUAUGAGUAUUAAUCAAUACAAAGAGGUAAUUUAUCACUGUCCAUCAUUUAGUUUUAAUGUUUUUAUUCUGUAUAGUUUCUCUUUUUGGAGGAAAGUUGAGUUUAGUACUAAAAGAUCAUGAAUGGUUCCAACAUCUUGAUUUAAUUUCAACCAAUUGAGGUUAAAAUAUAACCUCAAUAAUAAAUUAUUAUUCUCACGACACUUCAUAACUCAAAAUAUGAUAAAACAUCAGUCACAUUUUAUUCAGAAUCCAGGAGUUCUACCAGAAUACUUUGACUCACAUGGAGGAUGUGAGAACUUCUCCUCUGCUGCCGAGUGGACGGAUCUGGUUUGAAACCAGUGCGUCCAGACCGGCGGGUUGAGACCCACUGGUCCUGCUGAUGGGGACGUCUCCUCCUCUGUGUCCCUUCCCACUUCAGGUGCUGCAGUGUACCACAGACAGAAGUGUGAUACCUGUGGGACUUGUCCUUGAAGUGUGAAGUGUCCCUUCCUCUCGUUUGUCUUCCAGUGCAGGACACUGAGUCUUUACAGCUUCAUCACAGACGUCGAUGGUCGAAUCAUUUCUUCAACUCAUUUCAAGUGUUGACUCUUUUACUGCUUUGAAAAAAUAUUUAUACGCAAUCGACUUAGCAAAUGUUUCUUGUACAUACGUGUCCUUGAUUAUUAUGUUUCCCGACGGAUUAACUUGUACAUUGAAAUGUAUGAACCGCAUAUUGUUUCUUUCUAAUAAAAUUAUAACCUUUUUACCAAA